CUCUGAGUGGCGCUGGGACUGGUCUGAGUCGGAUACAUCUCUAGAACCUGUCAGAAGCGGCUUUAGGAGCUCGGUCUCACCAUUUUCCUCCUCAACUAGCAGCGUCUCUAUUUGUCUGUUUUUCAAUUUUCCCACUGAUGUUAUGGCCAGAACUGUCUUUGCCCCUCUUAUCUUCUUUAGGAGGUUGGCGACAUACGAGAGAAAGGAAGAUUUGCCCUUGUGCAAGCAAAACCAAAACUCUUUGGAAUUAUAUUAGCAGCAACGUUUCUGCCAGACAGGGUGUGUAGAGGAGCUACACAUUGUUUCAUUUUUUUUUCUUCUUCAACAGACUCUUUAAAAUAGUUAUGACAGACAUUACUAUCCCCAUCAUGCAGGCAUAUUCAAACUGAACCCUGGACUUUGGUGAAAACAUGGAUAGCAGAAAAUAGGUCUAACUCCGGUUCAGGUGCUCAUUGGUUUAAUCGAAGCACAUGAGAGCCAUUUUUUUGCGGGGAGAGAUGGGGCGUGGGGGCGUCUCCAUUACAUUACAUUGACAUUUCUUUUGUUAUUAAAGGGCCAACGGGUUGAUUAUUGAUGACCACUGUAUUAUUCACCCGAUGAUCAUACUCCUAACAAAUCAUCAAUAAAUUGCCUUAGAUAAUUCACGUUACUAUAAAUACUCUGAGUAGUCCUCUGUCCUGGCAGAAAUCCUCACGUCUCAAUUCGGGGUUCUCUUUUAACCUCUUGCGGAUUCCCGUUACCUAUUCUAAACUACACUCCCAUCGUGCAACGGAAAACUGGCAGAGCUCACGCGUGCACCGACGGGACCUUGAGCCAAUCCAGUAUCAGAGCUCUCACCCGGCGACCUAUUGGAUCCGGAUGGAGGCGGGACUCUCAGUUGCUAGGCCGGUACCUUUUCCGGAAGUGUUUGUUGGGCGCUGCAGGGCAACACUCCCUGGCGUCCCUGGAAGCGGGGAGGGUGUUCGAGCCCAGAUGAGUCAUGGCUGGACAACCCCUCUGCAUAGGAGAUCAGCUGGUUCUGGAGGAAGAUUAUGAUGAGACCUACAUUCCUAGUGAGCAAGGUAACAGAAAUUCUUGAAUUUGCCCGGGAGAUUGGUAUUGAUCCCAUCAAGGAACCAGAACUGAUGUGGCUGGCACGGGAGGGCAUUGUGGCCCCACUGCCUGUGGAGUGGAAACCAUGCCAGGACAUCACAGGUGACAUUUACUAUUUCAACUUCGCCAAUGGGCAGUCUAUGUGGGACCAUCCAUGUGACGAACACUAUCGGAACUUGGUGAUCCAAGAGCGGGCAAAGCUGUCAACUUCUGGGGCCAUUAAGAAGAAAGAGAAGAAAAAGAAAAAGGAAAAGAAAGACAAGAAGGACAAAGAGACCCCUAAAAGUUCCCUGGCCCUGGGUUCCUCGUUAGCCCCAGUUCAUGUUCCUCUUGGGGGACUGGCUCCUUUGCGAGGCCUUGUGGAUACCCCACCCUCUGCUCUUCGUGGAUCUCAAAGCGUGAGCCUGGGGAGCUCAGUGGAGUCUGGACGUCAGCUUGGAGAACUUGUGCUGCCUUCACAGGGUCUCAAGACCUCUGCUUCUACAAAGGGUCUCUUGGGCUCCAUACGUGAAGACAAGAAUGCUCUCACCCUCUUGGCUUUAGGAGAAGAAACCAAUGAGGAGGAUGAGGAGGAAAGUGAUAACCAGAGUGUCCACAGCUCAAGUGAGCCUCUUAAGAACCUACACCUGGACAUUGGGGCACUGGGUGGUGACUUUGAAUAUGAGGAGUCUCUGAGAACAAGCCAGCCAGAGAAGAGAGAUGUUUCUCUAGAUUCAGAUGCUGCUGGUCCCCCUACUCCCUGUAAGCCCUCCAGCCCAGGUGCAGACAGUAGUCUGAGCAGUGCUGAUGGCAAAGGGCGACAGGGAAGUGGGGCAAGACCUGGGCUUCCAGAUAAAGAGGAAAAUGAGAAGAGUGAACCUGAGGCUUCCAGGAAUCUGGUGACCCCUAAGGCAGACCCUACAGGCGAUGAGCCUGCCAAAGCCUCUGAAAAGGAGGCACCAGAGGACACAGUAGAUGCAGGAGAGGAGGGUUGCAGGAGGGAAGAGGCAACCAAGGAGCCAAAGAAGACGGAUUCUGCCCUGAAAGAGGGCAGUUCAGACGCCAGCCAAGAAUCGGAAAUUAGUGAACAUAUGAAGGAACCACAGCUCUCAGACUCCAUAGCUUCUGACCCCAAGUCCUUCCGUGGGCUGGACUUUGGUUUUCACACCCGGAUCUCAGAGCACUUGCUGGAUGUUGGUGUGCUUUCCCCCGUCCUGGAUGGAGCCCUUUGGCAGGCCCAGCAGCCACUGGGAAUGGAAGACAGGGAUGACAGCCAGUCCAGCCAAGAUGAGCUGCAGAGCAAGCAGUCCAAAGGCUUGGAGAGGCACCAUAGUUCUAUUCCCGCUCUUCAUAUGGAGGGUCCUGACUCUGCUGCUCUGACUGGCCUGACCAGGUUAUCUCCUCCACUUCUGCAUGAGGAGUGGGCCCAGAGUCCCCCUGUCAGCCUGGCCACCCAAGAAGAGCCCCUUCAGGGUCCCAAGGGGCAGCCCGAGCAGAAGGAGGCAGAGGAGCCUGGGGAGGACUCUGUAGCCAGCCUCAGCCCGCUGCUUUCCCUCCAGAGGGAGCAGGCCUCAAGCCCACCUGCUGCCCACGAGAAGGGCAAGGAGCAACACUCCCAGCCUGAGGAACUGGGCCCUGGACAGGAAGAGGCAGAGGAGCCUGAGGAGAAGGUGGUGGUCGGCCCCACCCUGCCAGUCUCUCCAGAGGUGCGAUCCACAGAGCCUGUGGCACCCCCAGAGCAGCUCUCAGAGGCUGCACUAAAGACUAUGGAAGAGGCAGUGGCCCAAGUACUUGAGCAAGACCAGAGGCACCUGCUGGAAUUGAAGCAAGAGAAGAUGGAACAACUGCGGGAGAAGCUAUGCCAAGAAGAGGAAGAGGAGAUCCUCCGGCUUCACCAGCAGAAAGAGAGAUCUCUCAGUUCCUUGAAGGAGCAGCUGCAGAAAGCCACUGAGGAGGAGGAGGCCCGGAUGAGAGAGGAAGAAAGCCAGAGGUUAUCCCGGCUCCGAGCCCAGGUCCAGUCCAGUGCACAAGCAGAUGAGGACCACAUCAGGGCUGAGCAAGAGGCUUCCCUGCAGAAGCUGAGAGAAGAGUUGGAGUCUCAACAGCAGGCUGAGAGGGCCAGCUUGGAAGAGAAAAACAGGCAAAUGCUGGAGCGGCUCAAGGAAGAGAUGGAGGCUUUGGAGAAGAGCGAGCAGGCUGCUCUGAACACUGUAAAGGAGAAGGCUCUGCAGCAGCUGAGGGAGCAGCUGGAAGGAGAGAGGAAAGAAGCGGUGGAAAGGUUGGAGAAGGAGCACAGUGCUGAGCUGGAGCGGCUCUGCUCCUUGUUGGAGGCCAAGCACCGGGAGCCCCUGGGGAUGGAUGCCAGAUCCUCAGAAUGCAUCCCAGCACAGCAGCUGUAUAGUCUCUCUGAGGGUCACACUCCCCUGUGUGUGCGGGGGCCUCCUCAGGUGGUCUCUAGCCUCCAGAAGAAGAUAGAGGAAGCUCAACAGAAAGAGGAGACCCAGCUGCAGAAGUGUCUUGGGCAGGCGGAGCACAGAGUUCACCAGAAGGCUUAUCACAUGAUUGAGUAUGAGCAAGAGCUCAGCAGUCUUCUGCGAGAGAAGCGCCAGGAAGUGGAAGGGGAGCACGAGAGGAGGCUGGACAAGAUGAAGGAGGAGCACCGCCAAGUGAUGGCUAAGGCCAGAGAGCAGUAUGAAGCUGAGGAGAGAAAGCAGCGGGCUGAGCUCCUGGGGCACCUGACAGGAGAGCUGGAGCGCUUACAGAGGGCCCAUGAGCGAGAACUGGAGACCGUGAGGCAGGAGCAACACAAGCGUCUUGAGGACUUGCGGCGCCGGCACAGGGAGCAGGAAAGGAAGCUCCAAGAUUUAGAGAUGGAACUUGAAACCAGAGCUAAAGAUGUCAAGGCCAGAUUGGCUCAGCUGGAAGUCCAGGAGGAGACUGCCCGGAGGGAGAAGCAGCAGCUGCUUGAUGUACAGAGGCAGGUUGCUCUCAAGAGUGAGGAAGCCACAGCCACCCAUCAGCACCUGGAGGAGGCACAGAAGGAGCACACCCACCUGUUGCAGUCAAACCAGCAGCUCCGGAAAAUUAUUGAUGAGCUGCAGGCCCGCAAGUUGGAGCUGGAGUCCCAAGUAGAUCUGCUGCAGGCUCAGAGCCAGCAACUGCGGAAGCACAUCAGCAGCCUGGAGGCUGAAACUCAGAAGAAGCAGCACCUGCUAAGAGAGGUGACAGUUGAGGAAAGUAGUGCUGCCCCACAGUUUGAACCAGAUCUCCACAUUGAGGACCUGAGGAAGUCCCUUGGGACAAACCAGGCCAAAGAGGUAUCUUCUUCUCUCUCCCAGAGCAAGGAGGACUUAUACUUGGACAGCCUGUCCUCCCACAAUGUCUGGCACUACCUCUCUGCGGAGGGGGUAGCCCUCCGUAGUGCCAAGGAAUUCCUGGUACAGCAGACACGCUCCAUGCGGAGGCGGCAGACAGCUCUGAAAGCUGCCCAGCAGCAUUGGCGCCGUGAGCUGGCCAGUGCACAGGAGGUGGCCAAGGACCCACCAGACAUCAAGGCCCUGGAAGAUAUGCACAAGAACCUGGAGAAGGAGACCAGGCGCCUGGAUGAGAUGAAGACAGCCAUGCGGAAAGGCCACAACCUACUGAAGAAGAAAGAGGAGAAGCUGAAUCAGCUGGAGUCUUCUCUUUGGGAAGAGGCCUCAGAUGAGGGCAGUCUGGGAGGAGCCCCCACCAAGAAGACGGUAACCUUUGACCUCAGUGACAUGGACAGCCUGAGCAGUGAAAGUUCCGAAUCUUGUUCCCUGCCUCACAUUGCCUCAACUCCCAGUCUCACCUUCCGCAAUAUCUAUGGGUUGAGCCACUCCCUCCGGCAGAUCAGCAGCCAGCUGAGCAGUGUGCUUAGCAUCCUGGAUAGCCUCAACUCUCAGUCGCUGCCACCGCUCCUCACCUCAACGCCAGCCCACCUCCCUCCCCGGGCCUCCAAGAGCACCCCCACCACCACCUGCUACGGCUCCCUGGCCAGGUUCUCAGCCUCAUCAUCCACUACACCCACAUCCACCCAGUGGGCCUGGGGUUCAGGGCAGGGUCCCAGGAUAACCUCCUCUGUGGCUCAAACAGUGGAUGACUUCCUGUUGGAGAAGUGGCGCAAGUAUUUUCCAUCUGGCAUCCCGCUGCUCAGCAAUAGCCCUGGCCCGCUGGAGAACAGGCUGGGUUACGUGUCUGCCAGUGAGCAGCUCCGGCUCCUACAGCACUCCCAUUCCCAAGUCCCUGAGGUGGGCAGCACCACCUUUCAGGGCAUAAUUGAGGCGAACCGGAGGUGGCUGGACCAUAUCAAGAAUGACCCCAAGUUACAUCUCUUCUCUUCAGCGCCCAAGCCAACAGCUACUUUGAGCCUCCUGCAACUGGGCCUGGAUGAACACAACAGAGUGAAGGUGUUCCGAUGCUGAGGCCCUGAGCAGAGGCUUGGGGCAGCCUGGCCUCUCCUCCACCCAGACCAAGUGCCUGAGGAGCUGCCUGUGUUCUUCCAUCUGAGAAAGCGCUCUCCUGCCACCUUUGCUACUUGCCCCACUCAGGACUUGCAGGAGCCACCAGGGACCAGGGGGUUGAGUGGAACAGUAAAACCACACGCUCUAUGACCACAUAACCUAUCUUGGGCUGAAAUGUGUGGACUUGUACGAGCUCCUGUAUUGACAUGGGAAGAUGAUGGUGUGUGGUGGCUGCGGGGCAUUAGGGCCGGGAGCCCUUUGGGAGGAAGGGAGGUGUUAGAGGAGCUGCCUUCGAGGCUCCGGGAGUCCCAUUGGAGCUGGUCGGUUCCUUGGCCCUGCAGCGCACUGCUCUUGGCUCCCAGGAAGAUUGUGUGUACGGUUCUUAGUUCAUCAGGACAAAAACGCCCAGCAUGUGUGUACCCUGGGACCUGGUUUCUCUGGGCCCACAUCUAUCUAUAAUACCUCAGCCUCAGAGCAGACCCUUUCUUUUUUUUCUUUCUUUUCUUUCUUAAUUUUUAAACACCUCCUUUCUUGAGCAUUCCAUCUCUCUUGACUCUCUCAGGAUUGGGCUCAGCUGUCUAGAGCCCUGCUGGAGGGUGCUGGGGGCUGUCCCUCUGCAGGCACUAUGCUUUCCUCAGGGCCUGUCUUCAGCAGCACCCCUCCUGCUCCCUGGAACCAUCCCAGCUAGAGUCUCGGGUCUCAAGCACAGCUUCUCCAGGAGGCCACAAAAGACCGGGCUGGCUUCUGAUCCUCGUGACGGUUUUUAUCUUCCUAGGAUAUGCUGAAUAGAUUCAUGGGUGUUGUUUCCAUCGUCUUUUCUACCUGUGCCACCCCUCCCCUGAUUCCAUGGCUGCCUCUUCUCAGGCAAGCAGGCAGGCGAGGGGCUAGGCUGGUGCCCGGCCCUGGCAGUGAGGGGUUUUGUGCAGUUGGACAUGGUGCCGUUGCAGCAGAGUGUCCUGCAGCCCCGCUUCCCAUCAGUGGGCUCUUGGGUGGGGGAUUUGCAGGGGAUGUUCUCUGACGUUUGUCCCAUUGUUUAAAUAAAAUGCACCUAUUUUCGUUUUUUUUUUUUUGAAAGCUGUGGGGUAGCCUUUGUCCCUCUAACAGACAGAAACUAACUUCUGCUGUCCUCCAACUCGUUUCUUGGUCAUGGAAUACGAAACUAAGAUCCAACUUGCUGUUUAUCUCCUCAGAUGCUUUUUAGGCAUCGGCCCACCACACAGAAAACUUCAUUUCAUCGUGUGGCUCAUUCUGUGUGCUUUGGGAAUAGCUCAUGUGAUGCAGCCAACUCUAGUGAUAAUGCUGGUUUUUUUCUGCAUCAGUUAAAUCUCUGCAGGUCCAUUU